AUGCUCGCCGCAUCCGCUGCUUUCGCGGUCUCCGUUGCCGCCGUCGCUUCUGCCCAAAUGACCCACUCGGUCAUGGUUGGUGAAGGCGGCGCUCUCACGUAUACUCCGUCAACGGUGACAGCCGCGAUUGGAGAUAUCGUCAUGUUUACAUUCGAGGGCCUAAACCAUACUGCCACCGUCCAACCCGUAGUUGCCGGUAACCCUAACCCCCAAGUUUCGUACAAUGUGGAGACUCUGGAUCCCAUCUGGUUCUACUGCGGUCAGAAGAACCCUAUAAACCACUGCGAGCAGGGAAUGGUGUUUGCUAUCAACCCUCCUGCAACUGGGAACACUUUCGCUGCCUUCCAGGCGAACGCUAUCGCCCUAGGCACCGCAGGGUCUGCUCCCUCCAGCUCUUCAUCAACUGCUGCCCCGGCCGGAGCGACUCCACCUGCUGUUGCCCCAUCAUUGAACUACACUAUUCCCCCUGACCCCUCCCUGCAGGUGGUGACAGCUACUUUCCAGUGGAACGGCGCCCCGUACACCACCACCUACAGCAGCUACCCUGGUAGCCCUGCCCCAACUGCUGGUGUCGUCCCGACCGUGUUCAACGUGACCGUCGGCCUCAACGCGACCCUCACUUACACCCCAAAUGUUGUCAACGCAAACAUUGGCGACAUGGUCCAAUUCAUCUUCCCCGGUGGCAACCACACGGCUACGUUGACCUCGUUCGAUACGCCUUGCGUUCCCGCACUCAACCCCGACAACACCCGCGUGUUCGACACUGGCUACGAGUUCGUUGCCGCCGGCUCAGCCCCUCUGAUGCAGACCUUCACUGUCAACACGGAGAACCCCCUCUGGUUCGGCUGCAUGCAGAAGAGCCCGGUGUUCCACUGCGGUGCCGGCAUGGUGUUCGCCAUUAACCCCCCUGCCUCUGGUACCCACUCCUUCGCUGCCUUCCAGGCGCUCGCC